CCUGCCCUGCCCUGCCUACCUGGGGAACUGUCUGUCUGCCUGCCUGUCUGCCUGCUAAAAGCCGCAAAUCUCUGGAUCGACUGGCUGACACGACCUCGUGAAGCUGCCUGGACUAGUGGCUGUUUGCUUUGCUGAUUGCACCACCACCGCUCCUACUGACCACCUCUCUCACAUUCGCGUGUUCGACUCAAGGCGGAGCAACCAGUUGGGACCCGCCGCGCUAUGAACCCGACGACCCGAGUUUGAUUACCGGGACUUUGCCAACGUCAGCGGAAGCGCAAUGGACAUCGUUCGAGUGCUCGUCGUCAUACUCGUGGGCGCACACUCGUGCUUGGCAAAAAAUGUGGGCUGCAAGAAGCUGCAGCCGCCCGUGGAGGCCGGCAUUCGCUACCCCGGCAUGACCAAUCAGCUGGUGCAACAGCUGACCGUGCUGCCGCACUACUACGAGAUCGAGUACGUGUGCCGGGGCGACCGCGAGCUCGUGGGACCCCGCGUGCGACGGUGCGAGCACAACGGCACGUGGUCCAACGAGAACGCGAAGACCAAGUGCUUGGAGCGGUGUUCGGACAGCGGCCUGGUGCUGAAACACGGCCGGGCACAGCUGCACAGCCCCGGGGGAAAGCCCGUGGCGGGAGCGAUCGUUGAGUAUCGCUGCCUCGACGGAUUUCGUCUCCACGGCUCGCCAAGGAACGUCUGCACGCGCCGCGGUCAAUGGAACGCCACGACUCCACGUUGCCUGCGAGAUGGAGAGGACUCAAACGAGGCGAUGGGUCACAACCGCAGGGAUCAGGAGAAAAAGAAAACCACAGGGAAGCGCGCCCUCUACAUCGGAGGCCUCUUCCCCAUGAGCGGCGGCUGGCCAGGAGGGCAGGCGUGCGACCCGGCAGCCCACAUGGCCCUGGACGACGUCAACAAGCGUUCGGACAUUCUGCCGGAGAAUGAGCUGAAAAUCAUCCACACCAACAGCAUGUGCCAGCCAGGCCUGGCCACGAAGUUGCUCUACGAGUUGCUCUACAAGGACCCCAUCAAGCUCGUACUGCUGCCUGGCUGCAGCAGCGUCUCCACGCUGGUGGCCGAGGCGGCUCGCAUGUUCAACAUCAUCGUGCUGUCGUACGGAUCCAGCUCCCCGGCGCUGUCCAACCGCCAGCGUUUCCCCACGUUCUUCCGCACGCACCCCUCCGCCACGCUCCAUAACCCGACACGCGUGCAGCUCUUCAAAAAGUGGGGCUGGACCCGCAUCGCCACCAUCCAGCAGACAUCCGAGGUGUUCACGUCGACGCUGGACGACCUGGAGGACGAGGUGAAGAAGGCCGGCAUCGAGAUCAGUGUGCGCCAGAGCUUCCUGUCCGACCCCACCAUCGCAGUCAAGAACCUCAAGCGUCAGGAUGCCAGGAUUAUCGUCGGGCUCUUUUACGAGACGGAAGCGCGCAAGGUGUUCUGUCAGGUCUACAAAGAGAAGCUCUACGGCAAGAAGCACGUGUGGUUCAUCAUCGGCUGGUACGCCGACAAGUGGUACCUCAAGCCCGACCUGGCCAUCAACUGCACGGCCGAGCAGAUGCAGGAGGCUGUCGAGGGUCAGGUCACCACUGAGAUCCUCAUGGUCGACCUGGCCAACACCCGCGGCGUCUCGAACAUGACGUCGGACGAGUUCAUCAGUCGCCUGGUGAAGAACCUCACCAAGACUCCGGAGGAGACGGGAGGCUUCCAGGAGGCCCCAUUGGCCUACGACGCCAUCUGGGCAUUGGCACUGGCCCUGAACAAGACAGCUCAGGAGCUCGCGAAGAAAGGGAUGCGGCUGGAGGAUUUCAACUACUCCGACAACACGAUCACCAACGAGAUCUACAAAGCGCUCAACUCGUCCUCGUUCGACGGCGUUUCGGGCCACGUGGUGUUUGACGCAAGCGGCGCGAGAAUGGCCUGGACUCUGAUAGAGCAGCUUCAAGAUGGGAAGUAUGUGAAGAUCGGGUACUACGACAGCAACAACAACAAUCUCUCCUGGCUCAACACGGACCGAUGGAUCGGAGGCUCACCUCCUCCCGACCGAACCAAGGUGGUCAUCCAGUUCCGCUACCUCUCGCAGAAGCUCUUCAUCUCCCUCUCCGUCCUCGCCGGAAUCGGCAUCAUCUUCGGAUGCGUGUGCCUUGUCUUCAACAUCUACAACCGGAACGUCAGAUACAUCCAGAACUCGCAGCCCAACCUCAACAACUUGACGGCGCUGGGAUGCAUCCUCACGCUGGCCGUGGUGCUGCCACUUGGUCUGGAUGGCCUCCACAUCAGCGAGAGUCAGUUCCCGUUCAUCUGCCAGGUGCGCGUGUGGCUGCUGAGCAUUGGAUUCGGCAUGGGCUACGGCAGCAUGUUCACCAAGAUCUGGUGGGUGCACACCCUAUUCACCAAGAAGGAGGACAAGAAGGAGAUGAGACCGCAACUGGAGCAAUGGAAGCUCUACGUCACCGCGGGGGUUCUCAUCUUCAUCGAUGCCGUCACCAUCCUCAUCUGGCAGCUCGUCGACCCCUUGCAGAGAACCGUCGAGGGCUUCGGCAAGGAGAAUCUGGUGGGCGACGACGUUGAGAUUCUCCCACAGCUGGAGCACUGCAGCUCGCGCAAGAUGACCACGUGGCUGGGCAUCGUGUACACGUACAAGGGCCUCCUGCUGCUGCUGGGCAUUUUCCUGGCAUACGAGACCAAGAGCGUUUCCACGGAGAAAAUCAACGACCACCGCUCCGUGGGCAUGGCGAUCUACAAUGUCUCGGUUCUGUGCAUGAUCACGGCGCCCGUGGCCAUGAUCGUGAGCAAGCAGCAGGACGCUUCCUUUGCUUUCGCCGCGCUGGCCGUCAUCUUCUCCUCCUACAUCACCCUCAUCGUCCUCUUUGUGCCCAAGAUGCGGAGGCUGAUCACGCGCGGCGAGUGGCAGACGGAGCAGCACGACGCCAACAAGACCAUCUCGACGACGCUCAACAACGAGGAGGAGAAGUCGCGGCAGCUGGAGCGUGAGAACCGCGAGCUGGAGCGCAUCAUCGCCGAGAAAGAGGAGCGGGUUCGCGAGCUCCGACGACAACUCACCGAGCGGCAGCAGCUCCGAGCCCGUAAGCCGAGUGCCGCGGCCGCCGCCGCCGCUGCGUCGUCUGCGCCGGCCGGCGGCGGCGGCGGCUGCGACAGCCCCCACGGGAACCACGUGCCCAGCCCCGGUCCGCAGGCGCGGUACAAGCAGAACGUGGCGGCCGUCUCGUGCCUGGUGCCCACGCACGCCGCCAACGCGGAGCGGAGCGCGCGCCCGGACAACGCCCUCUCCGCCAAGAGGGUGCAGCUCAUGUACAACUGACGGACGU